AUGAUAUCCAACUACGAUGUCUUGGAGGUUCUAGUAGAGAAACACGUAAAACACAUGAAGAAUUGUCUUCAACCAUUGUACGAAGAAAUCUUAGAUGCUGACCCUGAUAACGAGGACGACUCAGAGGUCAAGAAGUUAUAUAGAAAGAUCUCCAUUUACAUAUUACUUUCCAGUGGACUGGGGAAUCCAGGUGUUGUAAUGAAUCUAAAAGAAGGCAUAGCAGCUCUAGAAAGCGUAUUUAGCAUGCAAGAACUAUACCUGUGGGUGACGGCAACACGACGUGAUAAAAUGAAACAAGUGCAGGAGUUAUUCAAAAUCGUAUCAGGUGUUAGAUUAUUCAAUCGCGAUUGCAAUAAAGGGGGAGAUAUGAUUACGGACUUGCCAAUGGAUCUAACAGACUCGGCCAAAGCAUGCCUGUCAAUGCUGUCAAAUUCACUAAUCGGUGUGAUGCAACGUGUCAACAUGCUGACCACAGCAAUCGAAGGAUAUAUCUUCAUCGACCAGGAAACUGGAAAUGUUGUUCUGCAUGUACUUCCUGACGAGGAUGUGACUGAAGUCCAUUAUAAACAAAUGGUAGAGCUUUUGCUGUUCAAUCGUCAAUAUGAGACGUACACGCGUCGAUUACUGACCGACGUGGAUCGAAUAGUGUUGUAUAGCAAGGUCCUAGUGUCGUCUUACGAAGUGGCCUUGGCGGAUUUACAUUCGGCGGUCAAGUUCAAGAAUGCUGUACCUUGCGAGACCGUAUUUGAGCGCAUGAGUUUCAGUGUUACCUGUUCCGAAUAUUGUGAUGACGAUCGCAGUGAUUCUUUCGCGGGGUCUAUAACCACGUUUACAAGCUUCGUGCGUAAUACAGAUAGUCUGUUGACGCUCAAAGUGGAUAAACAAUUACAGUUCCUCGGUUUUUGUACCAUGUGUUUGUGCCAAGGGGCACUUGUAGCUAGCAACCUCAAAUUAGGACAGAUCAAAUACGAAGGACGUCGUUACGGAUUCUGUAGUAGCAGGAUGGCUAACAGAUUUGCUAAAGACCCACAGAGGUACAUAAACACAUUGCUAGAUUAUGCCAGAAAUAAUCCGCAAAUUAUCAUGUUCCUCCAAAUUAGAGCUGAAAUAGAGGCCGUUAGAGAUGUGGAUGUACUGAUUGUUAAAGAGGAUUUGAAAACUGUGGUUUUUGACAAGAAUAUACAGACGGAAACGCAUCCUUUGAAGGAUAACAUCGUCAGGGAAUACACAUGGAACAUCUGGGAGUGCAAGAGGAGAGCGAUAAAUAUGACAACCGUGGCCAAUUUUAAGACGCACUCUACUCAGACCAACCAGAGUCAUUACCGUUCUGACAUACACUGCCAGACCGCAGAACUUCAUGACAAGAACGCUCAAACCAAAAAGGAUGCUGCCAUAAUGACCACCAAGUGCAACUACUACUUGUGGGGUAUCAGAGGACAGAGGGGGCUUGGGCAACACAUGAUGGAUCAAAGGCUCCCGCAUUACAAAGACAAAUUGAAACCGAUCCCAAAGAGUGUGUGUGUCGAUAUGAAAAGGGUAGACAGACUAGAAGAAGAAGAAGAAGAAGAAGACUAGAAGAAAAGAAGAGAGGGACGACAGGCGCAUGCAUGAAAAUGCUAAAAGAAUUAACCAAGCUAUACUUCAAUAAAUUGUAACUUAGUUACUCAACCUUACUAUUUCCGAAGGGAUUCAUCAGUGCGUAAGCGCGUAGUGGUGUAGCUAGCGUCGAUUUCCCCUUAACAUUUUGUAUAAUUACUAGUAAUCUGUAGCAUUGUACCCAAAGAACAACGUUUAGUGGGGAAAUUUCCAUAUAAAUUAUUCACUGUACUGUAGACAGUAUUGUCUAAUUUAUAUAUAUGGUAACAAGUUGCAAGUUUCGAUGCAAGUUCGUUUUAAUUUACUCGAGUAUAAUUUCUUUUCAAGAGCAGAACCUACUUAGUUUUUAAUUGUGUCAAGUUCACAGUUUCAAGAGCAGAACCUACUUUAAUUUUUAAAAUAAGGUUUAAAGUUCUACUUUCCUUUGUUACUUGACUCGAGGAGGAAUCAGAGGUGAUUAAUGCUCUGGCCACACAAAGGUGGCCGCGGAAGCGUUGCCUGAGCAUAAUAGAUUACAAAUGCACCUUAAUAAAGUAAUUCCAUACCAGUAGCGAAUAUCACGUACUAUAUACCUGUACAGGCCUUAAUUCAUCGUAGUGUCAACUAUAAUUCACCUUAAUAAUACGGCGGAAUAUAAUUCUGUGCUCUAUAUUGGACCCUAGGCCAUUGUUUUAGUGUUACUUUUAAUUUAAUUUAAACUUAACUUAUUUAUGUUAGCAUUUAAUAAAAUGUACUCAACAUUUUCUUACGUGUUUUAAUAUACAAAAUGUAUACUAUAGUUGUAGCUUAAACAUACUAACAUAAUUAUAGAUCAAACAUAGUUUAUUCAAUAGUAAAGAAAGAGUUUUAUAUCAGGCCCUAUACUCGCGUUCUCCGUCCGACACAAUUAUAGUCAAAUAAGACGCAUGACGCGAAUGAAGUUUCUUAUUUGUCAUCAUCUUCUGAUUUAAUCGAGUUUUACUUAUUUAACAGUAAUUGUUUCGGAUGCAGAACGAAAGUAGUGCCUGG